AAAUCAUUUCAAGUGGAUAGUCCUCAAAGACGUGACUGGUGGUAUAGCUUGAUCUUUCCUAAACUCACAAAUAUUUUCAGUGGUUCACAAAUUGGUUUAACACGCUAAUUGGUUAAUUUUUUUGUGCGUGUGUCUUUUCCCAUGAUGCAGCGGCAGGGGGAGAUUCAAACUGCCUCCCAAAAGAAAAAAAAUGGCGGAGUCUCUGGAAUUAUCGUUGUCGGAGUCUACAGGGACGGAGACCCCGCUGGUUAAGGAGGCAGCCCUCUGUGAUGUUGACCUGCAGUCUGAGAUUAAAGGUGAAAACAUUUGGGAGUCUCAAGCAACAGAAUUGUCCGAGUCUUUUUACGCUUUAGAGGAGCCUCAGAAUGGACAAGUGAGGAGCACUAUGAAGCCAGCGGUUCCGCCGCCCUGUGAGGAUGAUAGUGUGAGGUCAAGCCCUUCCGUUAUAGCGGUAGAAAGCCCCUGUGAUGAGAGAAAUCCGACAAGGAAGGAGGCUGACCACUGGGAAAACAGCCCCCAGCGCCAAGUCGAUUUGCAGCUGUCUCUUGGUAGUAAAGAUGAAAAUCAUACAGUUCUGGAAACUCAAGCAGAUCCUGAAAAUUUGAAAAGCUCCACCAGUCCCAGUUUGCUUUCCAGUCCAACGAGCAGGGACUUUGAUGAGCCUUGUGUGUCUGUUGAAUUUUCUGGAUAUGUCACCCAGGAGGCUUGCUGCAAGUUUGUUUGUGAAAUUUUUAAGUACAUUCUUUACCAAAGGCAACAACUUCCUAUGCCUUUUGAGCAGAUGGUGUUUUUUCAGAAGAAACAGCAAGCAAUGAUUCUGACAAAUGAGCUGGGCAGUAGAAAACCACAGAAAGAAGAUGGCUGGGACAGUAAAAAAUGUCAGCGGGCAGUUGAUAACCUGGAAGAGAUCUUGCACAACCUGGAGGUGCUUUUUGCUCAGAGUCUGGUACCCCGUGUGCUCUUUCUACUUGGAGGCAAUAUCAUGCUGCCUAAGGAGCUAUAUGAGGUCAAUCUCCAGGAAAUUUCCUUGGGUCCCAAUGAGCAGAGCCUGAAACCAGCUACCUGUCUUAGAAAGAUCUUCAGAACACUCUUCAUGGCUGAUAUUUUUUCUGACCCCAAAUCAGUUCAGCUUAUGACCACAACAGUCAUGGUGCAGUGCCACCGAAAUUGUGGUGUCAGUUGGUUCCGGCCAAAGGUAGAGUAUAAAGUGCCAACUAGGGUAAAGAAGCAGAUCAUAGCUCUUUCCUGCAGUGCUAGUGCAGAGCUAAGCCAUCAAACGCUCUUCCAGAUGGACCAUUCAGACUGGGACGACUACAUAUGGUUUCAAGCACCAGUGACUGUUAAGGGAUUUUAUAAAUGAUUUUAAAAGGGAAAUGCCAGCAGUGGCAGCAGGUGGACACUACAUUAGGUAUUUUAUUUUGUGGCUGCAUACGUGCAAAUACAUUAU